GGUACAGAAUAUUCAAAGGAGUGUUUCUGUGGGACCGUGCAAAACUUCCAGAGCAUCGGUGUACGUCGGGCAACCUCAGAAUGCAACAUGGCAUGCUCAGGGAACCGUGGGGAGAAGUGUGGAGGGGCUUUGAGGAUUUCGGUAUACCAAAUAUCAGGUCACGCUACUGGCCCAAACAUUGCAUUAGGAAGACCUGCUUUUCAGUGUAGUGUUGGCCACGGAGGAAGCGCCGGUCGGGCUGUCGAUGGAAACAGAAACCCCCAGUGGGCCGGCAACUCGUGUACACAUACACAUGGAGAAAACGACCCGUGGUGGUAUGUCGACUUGGGAAGGUCGGUCACUGUCGACCACAUCACCAUCGUCAACCGUCGUGACUGCUGCUCGGAAAGGAUCACGCCCUUCGACGUCCACGUUGGGGACAGCACUGUCGUGACUAGGAACCCGAAGGUUGGUGGGCAUCACAGCUUCUGCCCGAUAGAUACCGAGCGUGUUGUCCCCUGCGGCGGGAGGAGGGGCAGGUACGUGGGCAUCAGACUGCCGGGGAAGAGGCGAGUCCUGACGCUGUGCGAAGUGGAGGUUUAUGCAGCUCCAAACCUAGCGUUGGGAAAACCAACUGUCCAGUCGGCUGUCGCACAUGGCGGGUUUGCCUCCCGAGCGACUGACGGUUGCAGGGACCCGAACUGGGGUAGCCAGUGCUGCACCCACACCCCGGGACAGACGUGCCCUUGGCUGCGAGUGGACCUCGGUGCCCAAGUCAGUGUCCAGUGGGUGGUCGUCAUCAACCGCGCGGACUGUUGCAGAGAGCGACUCAACGGCUUCACCAUCCACAUCGGAAACGACCCACAGGUAGACCGCAACCCACGCUGCGGCGGCCACCACACCAUCCCCGCUGGUAAGAACAAGGAUGCCAUCAACUGCAACGGACAGAGAGGACGAUAUGUGGGGAUCCGUCUGCCUGGACACGGCCGUGUGCUGACUGUCUGCGAAAUCGAAGUCUACGCAGGAACGGUGACCAGAAAGAGGACCUCUGAAGUGCGUGGUACCGAGGGCCAGGGUUGUGGAGAACAUCAGGAGGGAGACAACUGGGUGUCUGAUGGACAAGACUGUACCUGUGACCAGAAUGAAGUGGUGUGCUACGAGGUGAUUUGUGGAGUGGAUGGAAAAGAAAAACCAGAAGAGGACCAAGACGGAAUGUUGACCUGUCCGGAGCCGGCUGAGGAAGAGGAAACCGCGCGUGGCCUUCUUGACGAAAAUAUGGAUGAUUGGAUCGACGACUACAAAGAAUAAUCGGCUGGAGUUGUGAAGAUCCUUUCAACAAAUGGACGAACCUGUUGAAUGGACGUCUACUUGGUGUGCCUAAAGGUGGUAUCUCCCUGCACUUGGGGCACCGGUGCGGCACUGCGGGGUUC